ACCUCGAAGCCAAACUCCUGAGCAGGGCCGUCCACACACCUCGUGCAGGGUGAUAGAUAUUGCUUGAGAAGAGAGAUAGAUAUAGGCAAAAAGGAGGACGCCCGCGCGCACACUUUACAACACACAAAUACACACAACAAUGUCGUACUACUUCGCCAUCGUCGGCACGCAAGACAACCCCCUCUUCGAAUACGAAUUCGGCACCUCCAAACAAGGCGGCGACGGCCAGUCGCGCUUCAACGAGCAGGUCCGCCACCUGAACCAGUUCAUCCUGCACAGUAGUCUGGAUAUCGUGGAGGAAGUGCAGUGGGCGCAGGGGCAAAUGUACCUCAAAAUCGUAGACAAGUUCUUCAACAACUACGUCUCCUGCUUCGUCACGGCAGGCAACGUCAAGUUCCUCCUCCUGCACCAGCCCUCGGCGCCCUCCACCACGGCGUCGUCGCGCUCGUCGACGGCCAUCGGCGCCAACCCCACCAGCCCCGCGACCGAGGAGGCCAUCAAGAACUUCUUCCAAGAGGUGUACGAGAACUGGGUUAAGGCCAUCAUGAGUCCGUUUUACCGGGUCAACAUGGAAGUCAAGAGUCCCGUGUUUAGGUCACGGGUGGCGGCUGCGGGGAGGAAAUAUCUUUAGUUCACCUUGGGUGUUAGGGGAAAUAAUGUGGAAUAGAUUCAGUCACACGAACGUCGCAGCCUAGACUGCUUGCCGUAUUCAUAGUGGAUCACUUCA